AACAGCUUUGAUGAGUGCCAUGAACCAGGUCAUUGACUAGCCCAAGUAAAACUUCACCUGAUUUUGUAAGCCAUGUCUGGGGAAUUCCAUGAAAACAUCCACUGCCUGCAGAGCAGACUUAGCUCUGUCUAGCAUGACAGGUUCAUUGAGGGAUAGCUGUGUAUUUGCCUUACUACUGUGUUUAGCUCCAUAUUCUCAAUGAUUUCUUGCUUUCCUUUUAAGAAGGCUCACAAAGAACACAGCUAUUUGUCCUGGAGGAAAUACAGACCUCGUCCUUUGUUUUAAAUGAGGCUGUGCUUUUGUACAUUAUGUCUUAUAACUUGUUUUGUUUUCUACAGCCAAAAACCAAGAGGAAGAGCAACCAGAAUGUGUUUAACAUUGCUUGUUCUUGCCUAAUGAAUUCUCUUCACAGCAUGCCUCCACCCAUCAUGCUUCAGCAGGGUCAACAGGGCUCUGUUGUUGCCCUUUUUCACUUUUCUCAUCCAAAAGCAGAAACAUGCUAUUGUCACAAAUCUGGUCACAGUCACUGUUUUCAUUGGAUACCAUGACUGUUUUACUUGUCUUCAAAGAAGGGGUCCAUAUCUGCCAUCUCCAUUUGCACAAACUCUAUUUAACUAGAAACAAUGUACCACUUCUUGAAUAAGGUUUUAUUCUUUUUGAAACUUUUUGACCCAAAGUUGGUUGCAUACAGAUCAUAUCUCAGUAUAGAAUGUGAGUCCUGAGUCUUUAAGUGCCUUCAGCCUAAAUCUUGUGAGGCAUAGCUUCAAUUGCUAUAAGGCAGCAGAGGCGGUGAAAUCAGAAUCAGUUGGGCUAGAAUUAUUCCCCUUAGCAGAUAGGCUUUUAGCCUUUUCCCCACAAAAGACCACCUAUGAGGUAACCAUGUGCCAGAAGUUGUGGAUUUUACAAACUAAUAGCUGUAUACAACUAACCUGAAAAAAAAAAAAAAAAAGAAAAGAAACACAACAACAACAAAAAAAAACAACAGUGUCAUAUUCCCUAGCAGUGUUCAUGCCAGCAGCACCUAUGAAUCUAUAGUCAGUAAUCCAGUACAGGAGAGAGUUGUAAGGUAUGGUGUAAACUACAGAAAGACUUCAGUCCUGAUUUACAUAUUUGAUGACUGGCUUGUGUCCCAUGUAGGGAAGAAUUAGGAAGCCUUGAAGCACAUCCAUGCAAAGGAAAGCUGAAGGUUUAUGUAGCAUGAGUGAGCGGACUUCAAUUUUUCCAUAGUUAUCUGUUUCCCCAUCAGUCUGAAGACUGAACAGUCUCAAAAGAAAUAAGUGUAGAGGGUGAAAAGGCAGAAACAUGCUGUGGAAUUUCACAGUUUGGUCUUUCUAGCACCAGCUUCCAAAGUCCCAAAAGAUGGCUUCUUUUUUCUUUGGAUUAUUAUUUUUCUUGUAACAAGUUUGUCUGACCAGCAUAUUUGUUUUAAGUCUUUACUCAGAGCAGCCAGUAAACAAAGAGUUCUCUGCAGUGGGCUCCGUAGAAGCAACAGCAAUAGUUGACAUAACCUGUCUCUGUGACCUUCCUCCUGUAUAGGAAUGGGCAAACCCAAACACAUGAGCAUGGGGAGGCAGAGGUGCUCUGUAAGCCUGGGGGUUAUAAGACAAGAGAUCACUUCUUCAGUUUACUUUUUCCUCCACCCUCUAGCCAGGCCUCCUCUUCUAUGUUCCCAGUACUUGGGGGGGUCCUCUAGUCCUCAGACUAAGCAAAACAAACUUGUUAUUUUGCCCUCUCUUGCAGAGCUAUGGGGAACCUCAGGUCCAUUGCACUGCAGAGGAGGGUGCUUUGAAGAAACCAUGCAGAGAGAGCAAUGAUUGAUGUGGAAAGUGCCAGUAGCACAGCUAAGCCUGGACUAGGUCGUCUUGGUGGGUGGAGGAGACAGUCCUGCUGUUCAGAGGGGCAUGUGCUGUCCUCACUGAGCACGGGAGUCAGGGACUAUGGGAGGCUUGAGAACAUUUUUUUUCAGUUCCCUUUGCUUCUCCAGAUCUCCAGUUUUUCAUCUUAUAGUUUUCCCCAGCCUCUUGCUAUUUGGUUAGGCUUCUCUGUGUGCAGGUAUCCAGAAGCUUCAGUGCUUUUGUUUCCCACAGAUUAUUUUUGUUUCUUUGCACAGUGAAUCAUCUGUCACUGAGAGUAGGGUUUGCUUCAGCCCCAGAACUGAAUAUGUUCUGUUUGUGUUUUCUCUCCUCUCUUACAUUCUCCUGGUAAUUUUUCCAUGUAUAUCAGUUUGGCACCAACAGGUGGUCAUAACCUUGAGAGCUCACAAACCUCUAGCAAACCACGUCAUGAAAUCUUUCAUACCGUAGGAUGGCAGCCUUAUGUUGCUUCUGUUUCUUCAUAUGGAUGAAGUGCAGCUCAGUUCAAAGCUUUUUUAUACUGAUGUCCAUGAUUCUGCAUUCAAGGGAUGCUAAAAAUUAUAAAGUGACCAGUUAGCAAAAAGUUAUUUUAUUCUACUGAAAAGGAAAGACUGAAUAUUUCACACUGUCAUUUGCUUGUUUGUUUCUUUGUAGCUUCACAUAGUCUAACCCUAAUGCAGGCAAUGACUCCUGACCCAGAGGAGCUUUCUGGCUCUGGGAGCUUUGUUUCUCCAGAGAUCUCAGGAACGGAGAACGAUGCACUGAGGGACCUUGUGGUCUCAGGGGUUACAGACCACAGCCUUAGUGUCUCGUGGUAUGCGAACACAGGCGCCUACACUAGUUUUGUGGUGGAGUACAAGGAAGUGUCAUUGGCAGCCGGGUCCCCUGCAGAAACCUUCCUUCCCAGAGAUUCCCUAGGUGCUGUGAUUGAAGGCCUCCAAGCUAACACUUCCUAUAAAAUCAAAGUGUAUGGAUUGGCUGGAGAACAGCGCUCCCCUCCUCUGGAAGCUGUGGCUACAACAGCACAUCUAGUCACAACACCUGGAGAAUCAAACAGUGAAACAUCAUUUAAUCCUACCAGUCCUGCACCUACAGAGCUAAGUUAUUUAACAAACCCGAGUCCUGGUUCUCAUGCUCUGCCUGUGGUGCCCACUGACCUUCCCAUCUCAGAAGUCACUGAUGCUCUUCGUGACCUAAAUAUAACGCACAGGACUUCCAGUGGUUUCACCCUGUCUUGGGCAGCACAGGAUAAGGUGUUUGAUCAGUUCCUUAUCACUCUGAAAGACCUGUCCAGUUCAAACAGAACACAGGAAAUCUUUUUGCUGGGAAACCAACGAGAAACAGAAAUUACCAAUCUCACAGCUGGCACACAAUACCAGAUUAACCUCCAAGGAAGCACUCAAGGUCAGCUCUCUUGGUCCCUGGAAGCUCUAGCUGCUACAGGUAUUUUCUAUGGAUUCAUUAGCCAUGUGUUCCUUUUCUGCUUUGAAAUACAGAACUUCAUUUUCGUACUGCUGUUCCACUGCAGAAAUGCUAGGCUUUGUGAGUGAUACCUUUCUUCUUAAUUUUUUUUACUUCUUUUUGCACGGGAUAAAACUCUUAUUGCUAUGGAAUGAGAAUCUUGAGUUAUGUAGCAUGGACAAAGCCCCAUACAGCUUUUAAAGUGAUGUAGCAUCAAUUCUUUCUUUUCAAAUUGCAUGCAAAGAGAAGCAUUGAUGCAUCUGCUAUUUACAAAGGACAUGAAAAUAGCAAGAUAUUACAGGGAUUGUGGUCCAAAGCACACAAGAAAAAUCACAAGGAGGUUGCAGCUUGCAGCAUUGGCAUGGAAGUGGUGAUGUUAGAGGAAAAAAAGAUUGUAACACAUUGGGAGUAUACCUUUCUGAAAACUUCUACCUCUUAUCCCUCUUAAAUGAAUUUCAUGAGGAAACAGGCUUGUAAGCCACAGAGCUCAGUUCAAUAAUGAUGCAAGUAACAAUGUCAAAGUUAAUUCCUGAAGAACAUAGCCAGAGACUAAUGACUA